GCCUGAUUGACAUAGACGUGAGCUGGAAUGAAUACCGCCACCAAAAUUACCCCAGAAAUCUCCCGUGCUAAUGUAACUAAAGGGACAUUCCUCCUGAUGUAUAAGAGCUCCUGGAACCAGCGCUUCCGGACAGUUGGCACAUUUCGUACGACUGAUCGCCGCUACUGGCAGAAAAUGGGAUAUUCAGCAAUUUAUUAUAUCGUCUCUAUUUACUAUCCAAUACUGGCAGCCGUUGGAAUUCCAGUUAAUUUAGCGGCAAUUGUGAUCCUGUCUCGCCGAAAUUGUGGGCUGUCCAAAUGUAUCACUCGCUACCUCAUGGCCAUGGCGGCAGCAGAUCUGAUGGUCGUUGUCUUUGGUGUUGUAUUGGAUAAAAUCAAUGCUCUCUAUCUGUAUGCUGAUUUUUUGGUGAAACCCCCGCUGUGUGGUGUGGGACCUAUUCUGACUAUUGCCGCCAUGGACUGUUCCGUUUGGCUGACCGUCGCUUUCACUUUCGAUCGCUAUGUCGCGAUCUGCCUUCAGAAGCUGCGGACGCGAUAUUGUACGGAGAGAACAGCGACCGUGGUGAUCGUGGCAGUGGUCAUAGGCAGCUGUGUUCAGACAUUUCCAUUUUACUUUGCAGCUCAACCAGGGACGUGCAUUCCAAAACCCGAGUACUAUACAUCAUCCCUGUGGAGAGGUUACGAGUUAUUUGACACCAUCAUGAACCCAUUAUUACCACUUGGUUUAAUUCUGCUGUUCAAUGUUUUAACCACCAGAUAUAUUAUAGCAGUGAAUAUGCUUCGCCGUGGACUUCGGAGAAAUACUGACAGCCAAAGUGAUCCAGAGGUUAAGAACCGGAGAAAGUCAAUGGUUUUGUUGUUCGCUCUAUCUGCCAAUUUCGUAUUAUUGUGGAUAACCAAUAUUGUGCAGUCGAUGACCUGGGCAGCGGUAAACGUGUUUUUCACUGACAAAUAUUACAACACACCUACAUUUAUCCUACAAGAGUCUGGGUAUAUGUUGAUGUUGCUCAGUUCCUGCACCAACACGUGUAUCUAUGGACUGUCACAGAGGAAACUCAGGGAGGAACUGAAGAAUGGGGCGACGUACCUGUUUACACUAAAUGGGAAGCUCUGUAAAUAAAAUACA